AUGUCCAAAAUCCCAAAAGUCUCUCCACUUACAAUCGACAAACUUAAUGCAAAUGUCGUAAACGCUAAAUACGCUGUAAGAGGCCGUCUAGCUAUCCGUGCUGAACAACUCAAAGCUACCCUCGCUGAAGGUUCAUCUACCCUCCCCUUUUCUAAAGUUAUCAAUGCAAAUAUUGGAAACCCACAACAAUUAGACCAAAAACCAAUCACUUUUUACCGCCAAGUAUUGUCCAUUGUCGAAUACCCACAACUCUUGGAAAAACCAGAAGCUUCCAUCAUCUAUAAAGCUGAUGCUAUUGCUAGAGCUAAAAAAAUUAUCUCGAAUGUAGGCUCUGUAGGUGCUUACUCAAAUGCUCAAGGUAUUCAAAUCAUUCGUGAUUCUGUUGCUUCCUUUAUUGAAAAAAGAGAUGGCUUCCCCGCUGAUCCUCAUUCAAUCUUCCUUACAUCUGGAGCUUCCUCUGCCGUCACAAUGCUCCUUAAUGCACAAGCUACUGGAAACAAGGCUGGUUUCUUGAUUCCUAUCCCUCAGUACCCCCUCUACUCUGCUACUUUAACCCUCAUGGGUGCAUCUGCAGUCCAGUACCACUUAGAUGAAGCUAAGAGCUGGGCAACUAAUGUUGAUGAAAUCUCCCAAAUCGUCAAUAAGGCUAAGCUUGAAGGCAUUGAUCUUAAAACCAUAGUGGUCAUUAACCCAGGUAACCCUACAGGUACUGUUCUCCCUGAAGAAAAUAUUCGUGGAAUUAUUGAUAUUGCUGCUCAACAUGAAAUUGUCAUCAUUGCAGAUGAAGUUUACCAAGAAAAUGUUUACCUGGGAGAAUUUAUUUCUUUCAAAAAAGUCCUUCGCAAAAUGCAACAAGAAUUCCCAGGGAAAUAUGAUACUGUAGAACUUGCAUCUCUACAUUCUACAUCAAAGGGAAUGAUUGGUGAAUGUGGUCAUCGUGGUGGUUACAUGGAAUUAGUCGGUUUUAACAAGGAAGUCGUCGAUACAAUCUAUAAGUUGGCUGCCAUCCAACUCUGUGCAAAUGUCCCAGGUCAAGUCGCUGUCGAACUUAUGGUUAACCCUCCCGUCAAGGGUGAUGCAUCUUAUGAAGAAUUUACUCGUGAAUAUUCCCACAUCUUUAACACUCUUAAACAUCGUUCUUCUGUUCUUUACAAGGCUUUUGAAUCCAUGGAAGGUGUUUCUUGUCAAGCUCCAGAAGGUGCCAUGUAUUUGUUCCCUCAAAUUACUCUCCCUAAAAAGGCCAUUGAAGAGGCUCAACGUCUUAAUGAAGUCCCCGAUGAAUUUUAUUGUUUACAGUUAUUGGAAGAAACUGGAAUCUGUGUGAUUCCUGGGUCCGGGUUUGGUCAAAAGGAUGGCACUUGGCAUUUCCGUACCACUUUCUUGGCCCCGGUCGAUGAUUAUGCAGCUGCCCUGACAAAAUUCCAUCAGCGGUUUAUGGAUAAGUACCGCGAUUAG